CUGGUCAUCAGACGGACGACAGACAGACACACACACACACACACACAUCUCCGCUGAGGACAGAAACAGCACCUGCUGAACCAUGAAGACUCUGGGGCUCCUGAGCGUCUGCGCUCUGCUGUCUGUGUGCGCAUCUAUGGGAGUGUACACAGAGCCUGAACCUGCUGCUGAAGUGGCUGUGGAUGUUGUGGUUCCUGCUACUGGAGCUCCUGAAGAUACUGCCUCUUCAUCAUCAUCUUCAUCAUCAUCAUCAUCAUCUGCCUCAGACUCCGAUUCCGCUUCCUCAGAGUCCGACUCCGCAUCAGACUCCGCUUCUGACUCCACUUCAGACUCCGCUUCUGAUUCUGCAUCUGACUCCGCCUCAGACUCCUCCUCUUCCUCCUCUGAGUCAAACUCUGCCAGUGCUGAAGGCACUCCUGCUCCUCAUGUGCUGCUGAAGCGGAGUGUUGCUGCAUCACUGCUGCGCCGCCGGAGAGCAGGAACACCUGCAGCUAACCUCACACCUGUGCAGCUGGAGAGUUUGCGAGAGGUGUGUGAGGUUAAUCUGGCCUGUGAACACAUGGCUGAGACCGCCGGGAUCGUAGCGGCUUACACUGCAUAUUACGGAGCCAUUCCAUACUAGACACACACACACACAUGCACACACACAUGAUGUCUUCAUACUGAGCUGAUGGUGUUUCCCCUCAGUCUUCAAUGUUUUCAGUAGAUGUGGUGUCGUUUGGCUGAACACACGGUCGGGGGUUUCAGGUUUGGUCCCUUCACUGUGGGAAGUGCUCACCAUUGCUUCAGCUUCACAGUGAUUGAGACGCUCUCAGUGCAGUGAAACUCCUGAAGUGUGUUUAACUUGAAGAUAUAAUGCCUGUGUGUGUAGAUAUAGUAUAAAGAAGCGUAUAUUAAUAUUCAUAAGACGUAUCAGCUAUGUUUCUGAAGUAGUGAAUGAAUGAUUGUUGAGAAUCAAAGGUGCUAUCUCUCAGAAUGAUGCUCCUCUGUCAUGUCCUGUAUAUAAACAUGAGAUCGACAUGUUCCCUGAAGCUGUUGACAUUUUUGUCAAUAAUACAUUAUUUUUGUGCACAUAAUACUUGUAUAGGUCAUUUACAAUAAAAAUUUAAAUAUAUAAA